CUCAUGAAUUUUUAAUAGAAAUUCUUACAAUCCGGCUCUGUUUGAUAAGAUUAUAAAAAAAAUAAGGUGUAGUUUCACAUGUAGGAAGGGCUUUGAAAACAAUACACUUUGCCAACUUAAAAAUAGAUCUGAAUUAAAAAACAAAUGACCAACAAAUAACUCUUCAACAAUCUAAAAAUACGUACUCUUAUCAUCGUAAUAAUGCAAUAAUCCCUAUCACCUGCAAUAAAAAAAAACAAGGAAUUCGUAGUUCGCGUCAAGCAUUCAAUCUAUAUAGCUGCAAUAACUGCAUAAUCACAAGAACUCAUAAAAGUAAAUAAGAAACAGCUAGCACUUCUCUCUCUUUGGGAAGUCUUCGACCUGUGUGCUGCAUUCCAAGCAGGCCAAGAAAAGUUAAAAGCAGUGAGUAGGUUUUGCUCCGGGCGGUUGCUUCGCGUCUGUUUGCAGUUUGCACUUUGAUCCAAAAUUUCUGGUUGUUUGGGGAGUUAUAUUUAAAAAAACUGGUACAUAGUCAAGAUGCUGCGCGUGGAGAGCAACACCAAGCUUGAGGGGUUCACCGAGUUCGAGGAGGGCAUCCUCUUCGAUGAGGACGAUCCGGACUUUGACGGCAGUGCCCUGCAGAACAUGCCCAUCCUUUUCCGAAUGCCAAGCACCAUGUCUCUCGCCAGCGUUCAUCCAGCCGAACUGCAUUCAAGUCGCAGUUCACUGACCACCCUGAGCCACAGCCUGGACGACAUCGCAGACGCAUGCUGGGGCGCCCAGAUGCACUCCGAAGCCGUCAUGACCAUCGAGGAGCUACGCAACCAGCUCAACUGCUGCUUUAGCUGUGGCGUCUCCUGGGCCGACAGCCACGUCUCCCUCGAUUGUAGCGAAUGCGGGGGCUAUGCCCUGGAACGUCCAUGCCCCGUCUGUGAAGGAACCUGUGGUACGUCGUGGAAGAGGGACCUGUCCAUGUCGCACGCCAGCGGUAGGGCUCGUUGGACGGGAGAAUGCACCCGCAGCUCCUGCACGGCGCCCCAACAACACACCCCCAAGGGCUCCGCCAUCGCCCAGGAACUCAGUUCACGCAUGGAGAAGCUAAGCGCCAACUCAUGACGCCAUUUCACUCUCUAAUCGAAUUUUAGAGUAUAAGCCUAGGUUAAAAUUGUACGUUACUACAGGGACUGUAUAUUUAUUUGUGUGCCGGGAAUUUUUUGUAACGUCUUCAGUCGUCCUGAAAACCUUUUUCAAAAAUUCUCGUCACCGGCCACCCCAACAUCCGCUACUGUGAGCAAAAGCAUCGCAGGGUUCUUUAUUUUUAGGGAAAAAUUUGUUUUACAUUAAAACCAGGACCAGGACGUAUCGGAUUAGGAUGUUUUUUUUUUCGUAAUAUCUCCACUCGAAAGGCUGUUUUAGUUCCCUUUUCUUAAUUAAGACUCGGCUGCAACCGGAACUAGUUGGCGACGUUGAAUGGUUGGCUACAUCAUUUUGGAUUGGACAUGGAAAAUUAUCAGUUUAAUAAGUUAAUAGCAUGAAAAAAUUGUAAUUUUUUUGCAACGUUACCAACUGUUCUCGGUAGCCCCCCCCCCUAAAAUUAAGGCGGCUAAUUUUUUUGUAUCUAGGUAUAUUUUCUAUGUGAAAUAUUUUCUAUGUGUAUGCUAUUGUAUCUUUCCCGCGGUUUUGUUUUUAUAAUUUGUGAUAACAAAACGCCCUUUUGUUAUCCGUCUAUAGACAAAUCUGAAUUUGUUAUUUUUUAUGACUGAUUGAAAUAAAUGUAUUGUGUAAACUUAAAAAUAAAGUAUGCAUACAACAAG